AUGGCGCUUGGACGAGUGUUCUCGUCGUUGGCAAUUUCGGUCAUAGUCUUGGCCGCAGAGCCGCCGCAGCAGUGCAACGGAGCCUGUGCUGAGGGUGACGAGGUGCAGUUUCUGCACAUUAAGGAGAACGGCAAGGACAACAAGAACAGCGCCGAUAGUGUGGUGUUCAAAGUGUCUCCAGUGAACGGUGAGAAGAACUCAUUGUUGUCAAAGGGCGUAAAGACAUCGGUCGUCCUUGGAGGUGGAGGAAAUCCACAAGCGGCACGGGAAGUUGGCUACCUCCGUGCCUUGAAUCAAAUGGGCCUUCUGGACGGGAUCGAUCAGAUGGUUGAAACCGCCGGGCUUGUUACCGCACCCCUGCUGUACGCCAAGGGCCUCACGUUGGAUGAACUCCUAGGACCCCCGACGGAGCCUGCAAAUCUGACUCUUUCAAGCGUCGCAACUGCCAGUGGGUCCAAGAUUCUCGAGGUGAUGACCUACCCAAUUGGAUGGUCCAUCGCUCAUACAGUUUUUGCUUCAGCCCCAAGUUUCGGCGGGCCCGUGUCAAAUGCUGACUUCUUUGAGUCGGUCAUCGCUCUGAACUACCUUUGCCCCUUCGGGUUGAAUGGGAAGCUGCCAGCGCCAGGAUUCAGUGCGCUUGGAGAAAACUUUCUGGCUACAGCAGCAGGUGUUCUAGGUGCAGACAAGGUGCCACCCUUGCCGGCCGAUUGCAGCCAGCAUCUUUCGAACAAGAACCAGGUCUGGGCUUUGGACGAGGCGCACCUCCAGAGGAUGGCGAGCCAGAACCCGACUCUGGACAUGGAGGGAAACCUCACCAUCCAAGAGAUCAGUACCCUUUGCAGGUCGUUACGCCGUACUUCUGGUUCAGCCCUGACCAGUGCGGAGUUCCCUUCUUCCCCUGGGACCCGAUCUUCAAGAGCUUCGACUACCAGCCACUCAACUCGAGUGAGGCUGCUCGAAAGGACGUCGUUUUGGGCGGCUGCGUGGUGGACUCCAUUGCCUGCUUGUCCACCAUCGCCCCAACACAGAGCCAGGAGCAGCAGGGCAAGACAGAAGAGGCCAACAGCAACUUCGCGGAGAGCAACUCAGGGAAUGCGGCGCUCUUCACAUUGCAGGAUGCAGUUGGCAUAG